UAUAAACGGCCUAGCUUGGCGUUUCUUUUAUCAUACCUCCCAAACUCAUCUUACCUUUGUAAUUACUAACACUCUCAAUCUCUCUUUCUUUGUAACUCAAAUUAGAAACAUAAUUAAUGCAAUGGCAAUAGAUUGCAUGAUCAAGACUCCCUCACCUAUGACUCCCCUCAAGGAAGAACAUAAAUUAGAAGACCAAAAAAGGUCACUUGUUUUUGAUGCAUCGGUCCUACAACAUGAAACCAACAUACCCCAACAGUUUAUAUGGCCUGAUCAUGAGAAACCCAACUCCCAUAAGUCUAAGGAACUCGAAGUUCCUUUAGUCGACCUAGGAGGCUUCUUUUCUGGACAGUCAAGUUCAGCUGAAGAAGCCUCCAGCCUUGUACGUGAGGCCUGUGAGAAACAUGGUUUUUUCCUAGUGGUAAACCAUGGAGUUGACGCAAAAUUAAUUUCUGAUGCUCAAAAGUACAUGGACUUUUUCUUUAAGCUCCCGCUUUCAGAAAAGCAAAAAGCUCAAAGAAAAGCCGGUGAGAGCUGUGGUUAUGCUAGCAGCUUCACUGGCCGGUUCUCCUCUAAAUUGCCCUGGAAAGAGACACUCUCUUUCCAGUUCUCUGCAGAGGAGAACUCGGCCAAGAUAGUUUACGAAUACUUCAAGAACACAUUGGGAGAUGAAUUUGUUAGACUUGGGAAGGUUUAUCAAGAAUAUUGCAAUGCCAUGAGUAAACUAUCACUUGGUAUCAUGGAGAUAUUGGGGAUGAGCCUUGGUGUGAAGCAAACUCACUUCAGGGAAUUUUUCCAAGAGAAUAAUUCAAUAAUGAGGCUAAACUACUAUCCACCAUGUCAAAAACCCGACCUUACUUUAGGAACGGGGCCCCAUUGCGAUCCAACAUCCUUAACAAUCUUACACCAAGAUGACGUUGGUGGACUUGAAGUAUUUGUCGACAACGAGUGGUGUUCCAUUGCACCCAAUUCAAAUGCUUUUGUAGUCAACAUCGGUGACACAUUCAUGGCACUUUCAAACGGAAGAUACAAAAGUUGUUUACAUAGAGCAGUAGUGAACAACAAAACCACGAGAAAAUCACUAGCUUUCUUUCUAUGUCCAAAGAAAGAUAAGGUGGUGAGCCCACCUGAAGAAUUGGUGGACGAAAAUAACCCUAGGAUCUUUCCAGAUUUUACAUGGCCUACCUUUCUUGAGUUCACUCAGAAGCAUUACAGAGCUGACAUGAAUACUCUUCACGCUUUCUCAAACUGGGUUCAACAGGAAACAUGCACAACUACUUGAAAAAAGAUUCAUGUCAAAUUAAGUAGUGCAUUAUUCCAUGAAGGUUUUUAUAUAAAUGCAUGGUUUUUAGAUCUUUUCCUUUCUUUUUUUUUUUUUUUUUGUUGUUUCUCUUAAAUAGGGUAAACAAUUUAAGAGGGAAAGUAAUUAAGUAGCUAGCUAGCUAGAUGUUAAUUAAUCUUCAUGGUUUUGUCAAAAUUAGGAAUAAUUAGAGAAAGCACAUAUAGAUGGGUCAAUUUUGUAAUUUUCCUUUGGACUAUAUAAGAAGUGCUUUCUCACUUGGCA